UCCUUCGCAGCCUCAAAUCCCCUUCUCUUUCUCUCUCUACAGAUUACAGAAGAAAAUACAGCGCCAUCUCUCUCCUUCGCUCUUCAGUUCUCAGUCUCAUCUUUUGCUCAAGAUCCCGUAGGAGUUUUAAGAUCCAUCUUCUCUCGAUCGAGCACGAAUCUACCUUCAAAUCCAUCGUCGUUCCAGUACGAAAUUACGAAUCUAUCUCCAACGCCAUUGUUGCUCUAGGACAUUGCUAAAAUGUCUUGGGCAGGACCAGAAGAUAUCUAUUUGUCAACAUCUCUUGCAAGCUAUCUUGAUAAGAAGUUGAUUGUAUUGUUGCGAGAUGGAAGAAAGCUUAUGGGCAUACUUCGUUCCUUUGACCAAUUUGCAAAUGCGGUGCUGGAAGGUGCUUGUGAACGAGUUAUAGUUGGUGAUAUUUAUUGUGACAUUCCUCUAGGUCUAUAUAUUAUUCGAGGGGAGAAUGUGGUUCUAAUUGGUGAAAUGGAUUUGGAAAAGGAAGAGCUUCCUCCUCACAUGACCUCUGUUUCAGUUGCAGAAAUAACAAGGGCGCAAAAGGUAGAAAGGGAAGCUUCGGAUCUGAAAGGUACAAUGAGAAGGAGAAUGGAAUUUCUUGACAUGGAUUGAUUGAUUAAUUGAUGAUUCUUGUGAUUGUGUAUUUAUGAAUCCAUCCAUUUCGGUCGGGUCUUUGUCCAAACCACAAAACCUGCAAAUAUUAACGUCGGUUUGGUGGAAGCUGCUGCAUGAUUUUGCCAAAGGUUUGGAAUAUUAUAUACAUGUUCAUCUUCCUUCCAUUAUGAUUCCAUUCUUAGAUGGAUGGAUUGAUAUAUAUAAUACACUUUCCCAACUGUGGAGAAAUUUGUUGGCAUUAAAUCUGGGUUAAUGAAUGGUGUUAUUAGUUUUCUUGUUUCAACUUUAAUAAGGUUUUAUUCACCUAUAUGAUUUUUUCA